AGAUAGAUAGAUUGGUGAAUAAAUAUGUCGGUUUUGCUCGUUUACUCGUUUCCGCAUUUCCUCGUUUCGCAUGUCGCGACUGAAAAAUGUAAAUUGAGUUAUCGAGAAAGACAGUUCGGAUGCACGACUGAAGGCGAAUAAAGGCGGACGGAUGAAGGCGGUGAGUGUGUUAGAAACAGAUCACGUCACGCCGAGCCGUCGUCCGUCGAAUCGUAUCGCGUUAAUUGCUCCCAGUCCGCUUCAUCCGCGAUCCGUUUCGCUUCCUUUCAGAGGCCAGAGCGUCGCUCAGGACGGCAUAAACGCAUCGGUAAACGGCCAAUUGGGUCUGUCGCGUUAUGGACCGCAGGUGAUGAGCGUGUUGUGUUUAUGCACCUCCAAUAUCCAUCAGUCUACCCGUAACGUCACACAGACCGGCAAGAUACUCCCGAGUCCGCCGUUAGACACCCUUUGCGAGCAGCGACUGACGCCCUCGCAGGAAAUACCUACGGACGAGCUGGCUCUAUUAGCUAAGCUGGAGGAAGCAAACAGGUUGAUCGAGUCCGAUGCAAAAUCACUGAACUCUCUCCAGAGUAACCACAGUAGAAAGGGUUCCGAUACAUCACAGGUGUCUGUGGCGUCGGGGGGCAGCGGAGGAAAUGGCGAUGCUGCGCCUGGACGCCCCAAUCCGGCCGAUGUCGAGGAGAACACGUGGACCCUCUGGGGUCACAUAGUGGCCGAUUGGGAGUACCACUGGAAGAAGCGCAAAGAUUCCGUCAAGGAAUUGGUUCGUCAAGGCAUACCUCAUCAUUUCAGGGGCAUUGUUUGGCAAUUAUUAAGCGGCGCCCAUGACUCUCCCGUUAAGAAACAAUUUGCCGAGUACAUCAAGGCGACGUCAGCCUGCGAGAGGAUAAUUCGAAGAGAUAUCGCUAGGACGUACCCUGAACACGACUUCUUCAAAGAAAAGGAUGGCCUCGGCCAGGAGAGUUUGUUUAACGUCAUGAAAGCGUACAGCCUACACGAUCGCGAAGUAGGAUACUGCCAAGGCUCGGGAUUUAUAGUAGGAUUACUUUUACUGCAGCAAAUGCCGGAGGAGGAAGCUUUCGCCGUGCUCGUGGCGCUUAUGCAAGAGUAUCGCUUGCGGGACAUGUACAAACCAAGCAUGGCUGAAUUAGGGGUGUGCAUGUACCAGCUCGAGCACUUGGUCGCCGACACGCAUCCCGAACUUCACGCUCACUUCACGGUCCACGGUUUCCAUACCUCGAUGUACGCAUCCUCUUGGUUUCUCACACUGUUCACCACUGCGUUAAGGCUCCCGGUGGCGUGUCGCAUUUUCGACGUCUUUCUGUCGGAGGGUAUGGAAAUUAUUUUUAAAGUCGCGUUGGCGAUGCUGCAUUUAGGCAAGGAAGAUUUGCUCAGUUUAGACAUGGAGGGCAUGCUGAAGUUUUUCCAGAAACAAUUGCCCGGCAGAGCCGAGAAAGAUCCGGACGGCCUCAUGAAUCUCGCGUACGGAAUGAAAAUUCACCCGAAGAGAAUGAAGAAGCUGGAGAAGGACUACACGAUCCUGAAGAUGAAAGAGCAGGAGCAAAUGGUGGAGAUUCGCAGGCUCAGAGCGGAGAACAAAUUGCUCAGGCAACGAACCGAGCUGCUCGAGGCGGAAUCCUCGGAACUCGCCGACAGGCUAGUUAAAGGUCAAGUGUCGCGGGCGGAGGAGGAGGAGACCGCUUUUGUGGUGCAGAGGGAAUUGGCGGCGCUGCGGCACAAGCACCUCGAGACGAGCCAUCGGCUCGAGCAGGCUCGCGAGGAGGUCAGGUCGCUGUCGCUCGUUCUCGAGCAGAACGCCGUGUCCAGAGAGUCGUCGCUCGACGAGAUACUGACGAGGCAGGAAGCACUGGCACUGCAGGAAGAUAUGAUACAGCUGCUGCAAGACGAACUGGUGAGGGUCCGAUUGCACGAUGCGGAAAACGAUGCCCUAAUCAAGGAGCUCCGGGGAAGAAUACAGGAAUUGGAGCAAGACAAGAAGACUUUGCGCGAGUCCACGCCGGAUAAUUCCGUCGCUCACCUGCAAGAGGAGCUCAUCGCGGUCAAGCUUAGAGAAGCGGAAGCUAACUUGUCAUUAAAGGAUCUGCGGCAGAGAGUCUUGGACCUAAGCGCGGCUUGGCAGAGGCAUCUACAAGACCACCGGUCUGCACACUUAACGGCGGCCGCUGACUCGACGCCAAAGAAGCUGAUCUUCUGGGAGAAUCGGAGCUAUGAUGUACAGAAACUUGAAGAGGACAUAAUGUCCUCCAGGAUGCGGGAGAUGGAGGCACUGGCCGAGGUCAAGGAGCUACGGCUUAAAGUUAUGGAGCUGGAGACUCAGGUACAGGUAGCGACCAAUCAGCUUCGUAGGCAAGACGAGGUCGGGAAAGUACUUAAGGAGGAGUUGGAGGCCGCGUUGGCACGAGAGAAGGACCUGGUCGUCAAAUUGAAAGAACAACAGUACAAAUAUUCCGAUCUGGAAUCGAAGAUGAAGGACGAGGCUAUGAUGGCCAGGAUACGCGACGCGGAACACGCGCAGCAGGUCGCGGAGCUCACGCAGAAGAUAUCUCUUCUCGAACUGAAGAACGAAGAGAUGCACGCGGAGGGCGAACUUCGGAAUAAUUUAGACGACAGUGAGAAAGUGAGGGAGCUGCAGGAUAAAGUUGCCGAGCUAAAGGCUGAGGUCAUGAGGCUAGAGAGUUGGAAACAACGAUGGACGGGUCUGGGAGGGCAAACCGUACGAAGUUUUAGCGUCGAUACUGAAAGCGAAUUGGACGAGCGGGAUCUCAGAAUUUGCUUACAGGAUCAUAUCAAUACGACCACGCCAAACUCACCCGAGGUAUAGAAUUCCAUGUAUACCAGACAUAUUAGGCAGCUAACAAUACUCCGUUAUCGAUGCGCGUGAACCUUUUGUUCGUUGUCGGCUUUCGCUGUAGAAGGAUAACGCGUAUGCGCUUAGAUCGUAACACGACAGACAGAGAGUAGAGUAACGUAAUAAUCCCGUUUAGUUACGUGUAUUAUCAACAUUAUUACUAGGCCAAAUAUGAAUAAAUAUACAUAGUCAUUAAUUAGUUUACGCUAUAAACGACGAAAGAAACGAAUAAACAGUAACGAUAGUGGCACGCUCAUCAGUGAAACUAGUGAAAUAAUCUCUCGAUCGUAAUCAGGGCCCGAAACGCAAAAAUCUUUUCCUUUAUUUAUUUAUCAUUCAACGACACAUAUGACGCAACAUGUACGUAGAAAUUCAGAUUUCCUUCGCAGCAAGUCGCAGCAUUCUGUCGGUUGUUCCGUCGGGAACUUUUCCAAGAAAAGAGAGAAGAACCGUCUCGAUUUUACCAGCGCAAUUAUAUAAUAUUUUUUAUUACGAUAGUAAUGUUAUAUCGCGUUAUGUUACACUUUACAUAAUAGACUAUUACGCGCAGAGUAUUAUAGAGUAUAUAUGUUAGACGUAGAGAGAGAGAGAACUAAUGACACGGAGUAUUAUGUAGGACUUAACUAACGAUUGUUCGCUAACUUAGUAGAUUACUAUCACUGUCAUCAUCGUAGUAAUCCAUCUUUCAUACCAGGAUUAGACUGAUGUCGCACGAGAGUCGCAUCAAAAUUUCAAAGGUUCGCGAACUCAAACUUGGUCUUUCUCGUCUGAGACCGUUGAUCGUCGAUGAGACAAUGUCGCGACUUGCCGUCAACGAAAACGAUAAAAGCGAUAUUUAAGAUAUUUCUCAACCCUUGAAAUGUGUACGUUUCGUCGAUGGAUGAAACGAUCAGGCGCGCGAUUUUCCAUUCUAAAUGGAAAAAGGAUACUCAGCGAAAUCUAGUAACGUUAAUUCCAAGACAAUUGGCCUCUUCUUUUCUCCCGUAAAUAAAUAUAGAACUUAUAUUUAUGCGUUAAUAGCAAUUACCGUAGGAUCUAACGUACACGAGAUGCACGAAUAUCUUACCGUAUAAUUCAGAAAAUGAAAAUUUGGAAAAAAAUUUCACUCUUCCUCGUCUUUUCAUCUCAAGGAUCCGAGGACUUUCGGUUUCGAAGCUUGAUUACGAUCCGCAGAUUAUCCGAGAAUUAUCACGUAGACUAUUCCGUGACACACGCAACUGUUUUUAUACGCAUGAUAUAUAUUCUGUGUAUUUUUUGUAAUUCAUACCAAAUGUAAUCGCAUUUAGGAAGUUGUAUAUUGAACGCCGGGAAAAAAAGUUAGAGAGGGAGAGGAGGAGAAAAAGGUACGCGGUAAGACAUGCGGAGGUAUACGUACCGCCGUUUUUUAUAAAUAUAUGUAUUUACAUGUGUGUGCGUGUCACACGAGGGAUCAUCGUAUAUAUACACAAGUCAUGAUAUUCGUACGAAUACAUUAGGUACCGCGCGUGUGUUAUUCUAAUCGAAAUUUGACUAUUUAAAGUUUAAAACUCGCUAUAUUCUCGGACAGGGGAGAAUAUGAUAAAAUUCUUAGUAUUGUUGUCCUCUACAUGUAUAUCAUUUGUAAUAUAACUAAUCGAAUUUCUUAUAUAUAAAGGGAAAAGAAUAAAAAAAAGAUUACUUUUUACGGACGACACAUGCAAUUUGCGCACAGAGCACAAGGUUGUAUACACAUCUUAAUUAGUUAAUUAGUUUAAAGAUUGAUUUCGCGGAAGACCGUAAUGGCAAAGGAAAAUAUUCGCACUCUGAUAUUUCGAAGGGGGGAUGGACAGGCGGGGAUCCUUUCCGUUCUUGGCCGGCUUCACGAUUGCGGAUCGUUGAAACCGAAACCGAACGAGGGAUAAUCGGGAAUAUUUGUUAAAAGAAAAGAAAAAAAAAGAAAAGAAGAAGAGAAUAAUUCUCGCUCGUUCUUUAUGGCGAUUAGGAUAAUAACUUCCAAUGUAACUCGUGACGAACAACAGCAACAACAACCUUGCCGUUACUUUUUUUUCACAGCAGCGAGUCACCGCAGCCUACUUGCAAACGCGUCUCUUUCGCUUGGCCUAAAUCGUUACAUCCUUUUUCCUCUGUGUAUUGCGUUAAUAAUUGGCAUCGAUUAAUAUUAACAACUCGCCGGUACUCUCGUCUCGCGUGCGUCUCGACGGAGGAGCACGCGUCACUAUCGAUAGAGGCUCUCCUCGCUUUCACGCAUGCAUGUGUGCGAGAUUUUGGCAUGAGCGUGUGUCGUAUUUAUCGAAUAUGUAUACACACAUACACUACACACCCGGCAAUGACGCGCGACGCCGGCGCGAAAACAAUAUUUCGAACAAUUCCAUUCCGAUGCGUUGCAAUUGUAGUGUGCUUCAUGGCGAGUUUCGCAUUCGCGAAAGACGAAUCGUGCUCGCUCGCGCGAUUCCCGAGCGUUUCCUUGCGCGCACCCCGCGCUGCGUCCCGUUAUCAAAAAGAGGCACCGAAAUUUUCAUAUCGAUUAAGGAGCUAAGAACGCGAGUGCGCGAUACCGACUGUUUCACGAUGUGUUAAGCAAUGUAACUGUUGUAAAGUAGCACGACGAAGAAUAAAUGUGCAAGACCGAAGAUGAUGGUGAUGAUGAAAAAAAAAGAAGAUAAAAUGAGAGAGAAUAGAAAAAUGACGAAUUAUAUCUGCGUACUUACUGAUUUUAAGGAGAAUUGUGUGAACUCAUGGCGUUCAUCCUCGCGAUUUCGUUGCGCGUCUAAUUGCAUCGUCGAUUUGAUUGCUUAGCGGCGAUGCUUUCGCAGCAUUGUCGCAAAAUCAUCGCGACGAGUGAUCCCGUUAGUAGUGAUCGCUACACGUAUCUUUGGUUUCUGCGUCAGUGAAUUUGCAUUUAAGCUGUCCUAGACCUACCGAGUUAUCUUUCAGCUCCAAAUACUCGAGGUCGAACUAAUUAAAACGGCAAUUGUUUUAAUGCUACACCUUGAUAGUGAAACUACGUAGAAUUACAAACUUUCUCCCCCCCACCCCCCUCUUCCUCUCUAUCUAUCUAUCUAUCUAUCUAUCUAUCUAUCUCUUUCUCUCUCUAAAAAAUGCAUUUAAAUGAAUUAAGUUUCGAGAAUAUUAGGGCGUUAAUGAAGACACGAUGAAAUCACGUUGUUCGCCGAUUGAUUUGAAUGAAUUUAGCUUCAAUGACAAUUUCACAUCGUCAUUUUGAGAUUGCGAAUCUAUAUAUACCUGUUGAUAAAGUACAGCCGAAUUUUGACCCCGCUGAAAGGAUACGUGCAAAAUUAAUCAGCAAGUUCAACAAAUUUCGCUCGCUAGGUCUAGAACAUCACGGAUACGACGCGAAUUCGUUCCAUUAAGCUUUAAAUCAUUGAUCGUACACGAUAAAUGCGAGACGAUGAAUAGAUCAGCGACUACGAUUGCAUCCGACGAUAUCGAUAAAUUAAGUCGCGCGAACUAUGCCACUCACGAAGGCAAAUCGUUUUCGAUUACCCGGGCAUGUAUAUUUUUACAGCGAAAUCCGUAAACUCCUUUCUCUUUCUCUUUCCCUCUCUCUUUCUCCCGAUUAAAUGCGAAACGCACAAUCAUUAUAAUUUCCAUAUUUUAAUGUUGUCAUACAGAGAGAAUAGGUUUCUUUGGAUUUGGUGUAUACGUAUUUGUUUGAAUGAAA